UAGAAGAAGAGAAGUUAUAAAACAUCACACGUUGUAUAAUAUCUUCGUUAUACAACACCGGAGUGUCAAGUUUUGCAUCGAAGAAGGUUAAUUUAAGUCAAUUUAAACUAAAUAAAUUGUUUAUUAUAUUCUUUUCUCUCUUUGUGUAGAAAUACGGCGACUUAACAGCAGAAAACUUUAGAAAUUCGAAGGAAAAUCAGUCAGGUUUGGUUUACAAAAAAAAAAAAAAAAAAAAAUACUUUUAAUCCGGAGCUCAGGCAUGGAGGGACACAACAUCGGGCGAAUUUUAGUUCUUCUUCUCUCCCUGUUGGUUUUCAUCACCGCUUUGACCAUCAACGCCUUGGCUGGAACGGGAAAAGGACCGUUUUUGCGUGGAACAGGAAAUGUGUCCGCUCUGUAUGAGACAGAAAUCACUCCGGCUGGAUGGACUUUCUCCAUAUGGGGAAUCAUCUACACCUGGCUUGUUCUGAUGUACCUGUAUUUUCUGAGCUGGUUCUGCAGACGGACGGCCACCGGAUGGAUGUACUGCAGUCCUGCUGUUCUUCCUUAUGGCUUUUUUCUCUCAUGGAUGAUUAACAUGCUCCUGAACAUCACCUGGCUCCUGCUGUGGGACAGAGAGUUGAUGAUUCCAGCACUAAUAUGUUUAGCUCUGAUUGCGUUCACAAGUUACCUCCUGAUCUUCUUCUCUUGUGUUGGUCUGCGAACUCAUGGAGCCUGGCUCAAACACAACCAUCCCGUAGAUCUCUGCUGCAUCUAUGUGCUGGUUCAGAACGGUAUUGCAACUUACUCCACAUGGACGACUAUCGCUACCCUCCUCAACCUGAGCGUGGUGUUGGAUAUUAAUUCCAUGUCACCCACAGAUGCAGCCACUGUUUCUCUGAGCAUUCUGCUGAUCGAAGUGAUCGUAUGGUUUGCUGUGGAGAACUUUGUGAUCGAGAAGCACGUGCGCUACAUUCUGACCGUCUACCCCGUCAUUAUCUUCGCUCUCAGUGGAAACCUGAACAAACACUACGACGCAGCAGCUCCGGGGAGAAACGCCGUGUUUUCGGCUGUUCUCUUGGCGCUGGCCUGCGUGUUGUUCGUGAUCCGAGUUUUCCUGGUGAUUUGGAGGCACCGUACUCGUCCUCUCUUCUAAGACGAAAACGCUGAAGGACCAAAGACUGAUGUCCACACCGGUGAAAAGUAGCUAAAACAAAAAACCGGUGGAUGACACCAAAGCCUUCACAUCGAGUCCCUUCCUCUGUACUAAAAUACAGCCUUUAACACUAUUCCUUGAUUCUCUAUGAUGUAUGUCUUUUCCAUAUACGUACGCAGUAACUGUAUAAACCUGAAGCGCCUUUGAUACACGGCCAAAACAUACAUUCGCGUUCAGUGCCAUGAGAAAAUAUUUCUCAUUUUUCAAUGUUCUUUUUUUCCCUGCUCACUUUCCCACACUGAGACUGUAUCACUUCAAAACGGUGAAUAAUGAAGAGGCCAUAUUUAGUGCUGGAUCAUUAAAAUGUGAAAUCACACAGGCUAAACUAGCGGCUCUGGUCGUGUGAUCAGUAUCAUUACUUGAUCAAGUUCUACUUUAAAGUGAUGUCCUGUAGCUCUUAUUACAAGCUCAAACGUCCGUUUUUAUUCAGUUGGCAGGACAUGCGUGUGUCUAAUCCAAAACUCUAAAUAAAGAAUAAUCAAAUCAUAGCACAUAGAGCUUUGAUUAAGAGUCCAACAAUAGCCUUCUGGCAAUGAUCGGAGUCUUAGUGACUGUACAUUUUCUUUUUCUUUAAGAAAUCUUCACCGAUGUCCAAAUGAGCGAUGAAGGUGAACACUGUGGUCUAAUGUGUAGAGGAGCUUUCCAGAAUUCAUUCACGGUACAGCAACGAUAGUGAUAAAUAUAGAAAAUAAGCACACACACAUACGAAAAAAUUGGAUUCUGUGUGCUUUCCAAACAUCCCAUUCUACAUGUAGUCUUCAUUUGCUGGUAUAAUAACCUCCAAUCUUCUCAGAAGAUGUUCCACCAGAUUUUGGAGUAUGAUUUUGGAGAUUCGGCCACAAGGAUGUUCGUAAAAGUCAUGUAGAUGAGGUGAGGAGGCCUGGGGUGGAGUCAGUGUUCACGUUCAUCAUCUUCAAUAGGGUUAAGUUCAGAGCUCUAUAGCUGGAGAUCUUCCACUCCAACUCCAAAAUUAACAGCUACACAAUUGUGUGCCUUUGUGGUAACAGUUUGGGGGGAAAAAAGGUCAGAUGUCUGAUACGUCUGUCUAUUCACAAUAGUGUAUAUAUUUAACUUUUAACAGCACAUGCAUGUCUAUAUAGAUUGUUUUUCAUUUCAGAAAAAUGAAUGAAGGACUACUUUCAUGUAGAUCACAGAUAAAUCUCCGUCCUCUGUCUUAAGCUGUGUUUACUAAUUUAAUCCUAUGUUUUAUUUGAUUUUGUUUAUUUUCAUAUUGAUGGGAUCAUCAUGACUAAAGCUAAUAUGAUGAACUGUUAUUGUAUAGUGCAAUCGGUUCACUAUUAAACUGUGUAUGUGGCCCGGCCUGAACAAUAUUACCAGUGAAUCGCCAAAUAAAAAGACAACAAAAAGA